GCCAGGCCGAGUGUCCUUCUCGUCCUCCGCACUCGCUGCCUGCAGGCCAUCCAUCGCGGCUAUCUGUCCAAAUCGCAUCGCAGGCCCGUCAGGAGGCCCAAAACGUGCACUAGCACCUACAUAACCUCACACGCGGCGUAGAACACCCUUGGACUUAGCGCAAUGCCGCGAGCAACAAAACCGACCGGGAAGUCAAGACAUGACCCUCUGCACGUACAGAUCGGCGAGGACGAAGUGUACGCCAAAUAUGGGCGGGUGUCUCAUCCAGGCAAACGGUCGAAGGCGAAGGGGAGGACAGACGAGGAUGGUGAGGAUAGCGGAGAGGUGAUCCUUGACCCCAAGACGUCUAAGAAGAUCUUCGAGCUUGCGAGAGAUCAACAAGAGGAGGUUGGCGCAUGGGAAGACGAUGAAGAAGAGGGGGAAGAACCAGAGCGAGCCAGCUUUACCGUUCCGCGGACACAAAACUUCAACGACGAUGAAGAGGAUGAUGACUUAGAGCGGUAUGACCAGGAUGACUACGAGGAGGAAGUGGAAGAGAUUGAAGUAGAUGAGGGCGACCUAAAGACACUUGACGCACUUCUGCCCGCGAACGCCGGCGAGCGCAGAACAUUAGCAGACAUAAUAUUUGCAAAACUGGAUGAUAUGGAGUCUGGAAAGACAACCGUCAUUCGGAAAGUUGAACAAGAUCCUAACCAUGCACCAGACCCUGCCGCGGGGCUCAACCCAAAAGUCGUCGAACUAUACACAAAAGUCGGCGUCGUACUCUCCCGAUACAAAUCAGGACCCCUUCCCAAACCCUUCAAAAUCAUUCCCUCCCUCCCCGCCUGGGCGCGCAUGCUCGCGCUCACCAAGCCAGAAGAGUGGACGCCUCAGGCAUGCCACGCCGCGACACGUAUAUUUGUCUCGCAGAUGAAGCCUCCACAAGCGCGUGUGUUUCUUGAGGGCGUGCUCCUUGACGCCAUCCGGGAAGACAUCCGGCUGACGCGCGAGGGUGCGAGGAAGAACAAGAAUCAUCGGAAGUUGAACGUGCACUACUACGAGGCGAUGCGGAGGGCACUGUACAAGCCUGCGGCGUUCUUCAAGGGCAUCGUGUUCCCGUUGCUCAACUCUGGCUGCACGCUCCUCGAAGCCGCCAUCGUCGCCUCCGUGCUCGCCAAGGUCAAGGUGCCGCUCAUGCACUCCGCCGCGGCACUCAUCCGGCUAGCGAACAUGGACUACUCCGGGCCGAACUCGCUCUUCAUCCGCGUGCUGCUCGACAAGAAGCACGCGCUGCCGUUCAAGGUCGUCGACGCGCUCGUCUUCCACUUCAUCCGCCUCUCGAACACGUACAAGGCGCGCCGCGCGGGCGACGCGGAGAAGCUCCCCGUGCUGUGGCACCAGUCGCUGCUCGUGUUCUGUCAGAGAUACGCGUCGGACUUGACGCCUGACCAGAAGGACGCGCUGCUCGACGUCGCGCGCGCGAGCUCUCAUCCACAGAUCAGCCCCGAGAUCCGCAGGGAACUCGUAAACUCGGUCGCGAGAGGCGAGGCGAGGCCGGAUGCUGAUGAGGACGUGAUUAUGAGUUGAUGGUCCGUUUGGAAAACCAUCUACAGACCGCCGUGUCUCGCACAGUGAUCAGCGUGCUCGCCGUCUAUGUCGGCUUCGUAUACAGUGCCUGAUGUCCUCGAUCUCGUCUGUUGAGCCAGUGCUUGGAGUAUGCGAAUACAAUUGUCAGACUCAAACACGACAGCGUAUGGCGGGUCUUUCAGGAUCUUCGGGAGGUUAACUUAUGUUAGAGUGGAUGACGACUGCAUUCCCGGGUUCAAAACUUUGCGUCAGGCCUCGGAACCUUACCCCGAGCCCUGCAGACGGCGAGCAGACCAAAGAUGACUUGAUUUGUGCUUGG